CACCGCAGGCGUAUGAGAAGAGGUUCCCCACCUGCCCGCUCAUCCCGGUGUUCCUGGGCAGCGAUAUCCUAUACGAACACAGAAGUGACGACGGCUCAUUGCACGUGGUGGAACGCAGCUGUAAACUCAACGUUGAUGCCCCCCGCCUCCUGAAAAAGAUUGCCGGGGUAGAAUUUGUCUACUUCAUCCAGAAGAACACCUUGAACUGGAAAGAGCGGACCCUGCACAUCGAUGCCCACAAUGAGACCUUUUCCACCCGCGUCCUGGUGAAUGAGACCUGCAGGUACUCUGUUCACCCCGACAAUGAGGAAUGGACGUGCUUUGAGCAGACGGCUCUCUCUGGACAUCAAGUCUUUCUUUGGCUUUGAGAGCACGGUGGAAAAGAUCGCCAUGAAGCAAUACACCGCCAACAUCAAGCGGGGAAAAGAGGUCAUUGAAUUCUACUUGAAUGAGUUGAUAUCUCAGGGAAUCACUCACAUCCCACGAUGGACCCCUGGCGGAACAGAGGGAUAUAACCCCAUUUCUGGGAGCAUCAUCAGAGGACACCUCUACAACAUUGAUGGUUCCAGAGCUGACCAGCAGGAGAUAUCUAUCUUGGGACUGGUCAGAGGAGAGCCAGGAGGACACAACCAGACUUCUGAACCAGAUGGUAUUAAAUUGGAAGCUGAGUACAUAGAGCGAUAUUUGGGACAGCUCACCCCAAUGCAGGAAAGCACCUUAAUCCACCUCCGGCAGUGGCUGCAGGAAACGCACAAGGGCAAGAUACCCAAAGAUGAGCACAUUUUGCGCUUCCUCCGUGCUCGAGACUUCAACUUUGAGAAAGCUCGGGAGAUGCUCUGCCAGUCUCUGUCCUGGCGCAAGCAAUACCAAGUGGAUUAUAUCCUACAGACAUGGCAUCCACCACCCAUCCUCGAGGAGUACUAUGCCGGGGGAUGGCAUUAUCACGAUAAAGAUGGCCGCCCCCUAUACAUCCUGCGCUUAGGACAAGUGGAUACUAAAGGACUACUGAAAGCUGUGGGAGAAGAGGCCAUCUUGCGUCAUGUCCUCUCCAUCAGUGAGGAAGGUCAGAGGAGAUGUGAGGAAAAUACUCAUCUGUUCGGCUCACCAAUCAGAUCCUGGACUUGCCUUGUAGACCUGGAAGGGCUAAAUAUGAGACACCUCUGGAGGCCUGGUGUGAAGGCCUUGCUCAGGAUAAUAGAGGUUGUUGAGGCCAAUUACCCAGAAACACUAGGAAGACUUUUGAUUGUACGGGCUCCGCGAGUCUUUCCAGUUCUGUGGACCCUGGUCAGCCCAUUCAUCAACGAGAACUCCAGAAAAAAAUUCCUUAUCUACAGCGGCAACAACUAUCAAGGUCCAGGGGGAAUCGCCGACUAUGUGGACAAAGAGAUCAUCCCAGAUUUUCUGGGAGGAGAGUGUGUGUGUAACAUUCCAGAAGGCGGACUAGUUCCCAAAUCACUUUACCAGUCAGAUGAUGAAACAGAAACGUCCGAUCAUAUUCGAUUGUGGACGGAGACCAUCUACCACCAUGCCUAUAUCUACAAGGGAGCCUCACACGAGAUAUCAGCAGAGAUUCUGGAGGUGGAGUGUGUUAUCACAUGGGACUUUGACGUGCUCCGCGGAGAUGUGGUGUUCAGCCUCUUCCACUCCAAGAGGGCACCAGUGACCCAUCAGAAGGACUCCUCGGUCCCGUCCACCGUCAGCACCAGCAAUAACAUUCAGCUGAUUGACAAGAAUUGGGUGCUGGGGGUGGACUACAGCUGGGUUGAGGCUCCGCUCAUCUGCAAAGAAGGAGAGAGCAUCCAGGGUUCUCAUGUGACUCGCUGGCCCGGGUUUUACAUCCUACAGUGGAAGAUGCACAGCUCAUCGUCUGGCACCAGCAUUGCCCGAGUAGAUGAUGUGUUGGCCUCACUUCAGGUCUCCAGUAAUAAGUGUAAAGUCUUGUAUUACUUCGAGGGUUCUGGCAUCAGAGGACUUCAGGGGGUCAAUGUCCAGCCUGGAAUCUUGCAGUGGCUUCUCUCAGCUAAGCGGAGUCACCAACUCUUCAAACAAGUCUCACAGCAGCUCUAUGGUCUCCAGAUA